AACUACCUUAUAUUAUCUCUUAUGUUAACAUUGGCUUUGUCUGAUUAUACUUACGCGAGAUACCAAAGACGAUCCCCAAAAACGCCAUAUAUGACAGGUCUCCAGAACAUACUAGGCCCCGAUAACGAGAGACUAAUUGCAUCAAAAAGGAAGCCAAUAGCGGAAGUUGUUGCCAGAAAUCAAAUGGGUAUGCCAAACACUUUAAUGGCACGUGAUGGAAUGCCAAACAUGAGAGCAAUUCAACCAAAAUGCCCUUGCCAAAAUGAACCUAUGUAUCAGAGGAUCCAAGAAAUACCAACAAUACCAGCAAUACCUACAAUGCCUACAAUUCCAUCACCCCACAUGGCUGUACCAAAUGUACCUGUUGUCCAACCGCCAUUGGCUGUUCCAUCAGGCCCAGUGGCAUUUCCGUCAGGGCCGGUAGCAUAUCCGUCAGGGCCGGUAGCAUUUCCGUCAGGGCCUGUAGCAUUUCCGCCAGUGCCAGAAAUUACGAUUCCGUGCCCUGUUCCACCUGUGCUACAAGAACCCUGUCCGUGCCGUGAGCCCGCAGCUUUGGUUAGUCCAUUUCUUCCCGCAGCAUCUCCUGUAUCUGCGAUGGCACCACCAACAUCAAAUUUACUCCCACCCGUUAUACCAAGUCAGAACAGACAUCAUUUCUUAAGAAAAAUUCCCAUACCACCACCGACUUUGUAA